AUGAUUAGGCAUCAGCUCGGUGCUACUCCCUCCUCCACCAAGAAGGCCCUUGGCCAUCCGGUCGGCUUUGAUCGACGACUGCAGCCCAGCUGGAGCACGAUGUCGGCCUGCUCGCGGCUGCCCUCAGAGCUCCUCGUCGAGAUCUUUAACUGGCUGCCCCCCUUGUCUCACUCCUCCGACCGGCUCGCCGUCUCUUCCGUCUGUCGCUCUUGGCUGGGCCCAGCCCAGAUAGUACUCUGGCGUUCACUCUGGCUACGAAGCCCAAGCUCUGUCAGCUCGCUGGCCGAAACAGUCCGCCAGAAACCCGAACUUGGUAGAUUACCGAGGGCGCUCCACUUCUCGACUGGCGACGACGAAUAUCUGGCCGAACUCGACGCCGAUGCCGUCUUCACAACCAUGGAGCGAUUGGUCAACCUCGAGCAGUUUCACGUCCUCGUUAACUAUUGCAUGGGCGAUCUAUAUGAUUCGUUAUGCGAGGAGCUACUCGGAUCGCCUAUAAAACACAUCGUCCUAGGUGCUGAUGAGGGAAUCAGUAGAAGCCAUGUCCAAGCAUCAAUGCGCUUCGAACGACUUGAAUAUCUCGAGUUACUCAGGUUAGGCGACUUGGGCGACUUAAGAUCGCUCGAGCUCGAGUGGGUCUUCUCAGAGUCACUCGCCGAGCUCGUGCUCAUCCAGCCCGAUGUGCCUGGUGAUGCACUCAGGUUCUUGUUAUCACACGUCAAAGGCACCUUAAAACGUCUAAGGAUCCAUUUCGGACAUCUCCUUGCUGACAACGGCGAAGAUGGCAGCACUACCCGCAUCACUGAGGAAGACUUAGAAACCGCGUUAAUAGAAUCAGGAACAGACCUGCGGCAUUUAGAGCUCUGUUGGCCAUAUUCUACCAGACCUUUCUUGAACGAGGCUGUCAAAGGUCUUUUUUCGUUAGAAGACAUGUACGUCUCCGGGGUAAUCUGUGAUCCAGGAUUGAUCGAUCUAAAUUGCCAGUCCAAGCUAGAAAGAAUUUCAUUUGAUCUUCGACCUGGCACCGAGCCCCCUAAAUCUCUCCUCCGACUGGUCGAACCUAGCGCUCGGCGAUCCAACCUUACAAAGUAUCAUGUUCGGACAUUCUUUGAUGACCCUUCUUGGGAACAAUCAGUUCUCAAAAUGGUCGAGAUGAGAGAUCAAGAUCAGGAAAUUCCCAUAAAAGACUGGUCCAAAGAGUGCAUCGAAAAAUGGCAGGACCUCAGCAAGAAACUCGAGGCCAGUGGGAUCAAAUUAACAGGCGAUUUCUUCUAG